AUGGAGCGUGAUUCUGGAUCCUUCAGAGAUUUAGUUUUUGAUGGCCGUCCAGCAAACUACAGAGAAUUCAGGAGAAAAACAAUUCUUGCAGUAGCAGGCCUGGAGGAGAAACAUGUUCACCUCGCAGGUCCACGUCUUUUGACCAGGUUGCAGGGUGAGGCUUAUCGAGCCACUGAGCACCUUUCAGUGUCGGAUUUGCGCCGUUCAGACGGCUGGCUGCAGGUCCUGAAGGCCCUGGACAAGCAUUACGCUUUUCUGCCAGAGACCGAACUGCAUGAAGCAAUAGAUAGCUUUUUGUUCGACCUUCGCAAACGACCUCAUGAAGGUGCCACGCAGUUUGCAAGCCGCUUCAAGACUGCGUUGUCCCGUGUGCAAGCCUUGGUCGCCCAAGACCGUGCUGCUUCGAAGUCCAAGAAACGUAGAACUUCUGGUCCUGAAUCCAAUAUGCCUGAUGCUGAGACGCCGCCUGCCAGUAGCCUAGCACCUACCGAAGGUGAAGAUGAAGAUGAUGAAAAAGAUGAUGAAAAGCCGCCUUCUGCAUGUGCUGGUGAAAAAGAUGAAAAAGAUCAAGCUUCUCAUGAAGAAGAACCGAAGUCAGCCCGUAGCCAUGCCUCUGUAGAUGAGGGCAGGAGAAAGAAAGGUCCCGGUUCUGGUAAAAGCUCUCGUGGAACUUUUGCUGCUGAUCGUAAACGUGAAGAACUGAGAAUGGCUCAUUUGUUGGGCACAAUUGAAGUUGGCCAUACAAAGCCGUCUCCUAUUUUUCCAUCAACAGUUUUGGGUCAUUUGUUCAUGCGCAAGUAUGGUCUUUCCCGUGAACAACGUGCACAAGUGAUCCGUUCAACUGGUGGAUCAUCGAAAUUUCAUGAAGUGGAGAGGAUUUUGAGAGCCUCUGAUUUUGAUGAAUCUAGGAGCCGUGCUGAUGAGCGACGACAUGCCCCUGUGUCCCAUUCUGCCAGACCGCCUCGCAGAGAUACUAUGAUGAUUCAGCAAGAAGCCCAUGCCGUGGAUGAUGAAUCUUCUGAAAUCAUGGAACCAAUGACCAGUGGUUCCGAAUCUGACCAUGCAUUAGCAGUUGAUCAGCCUGAUGAGAUGCAACAGGAUGAUGACGACAAUUCAACUGACCGUGAGCUGCAGGAAGUCUAUGAGAUCAAGGACAAGGCCAAGAAAGACUUCAAAAGAUCCUUCAAGACAUACAAAGAGAGUAGACGCAAAGUGAAAGAGAUCAAAAAGUCCAGACAGCCUUACUACCCUGUGGUAGCCUUGAGUCAGCCGCAAGACAUGCCUAGCAAAUCUGGUUCAAGCUCUACAUCAAUGGGUCAGAUGCCACGGAAGGGUGACUUCAAGUAUGACAAGACUAAAAGCUCUGUGAAAAGUUCAAAUGCGAAACGCAAGCCAAACGAGUUCAGACCACGGAGAGAAGAUGCAAAUUUCACUGAAGCAGAAAUUGCUGAAGCCUUUGCCUACAUGGUGAACGAGGUCUUCGCUGGAACUGAGUCCUUAGACGUGCUGCUUGCGUCAAUUCCUGAUGGCUGUGCAGUGAUCGAUGCUGGUUGCACGACCCGUGUGGUAGGUCAACAAACGGCUGAACGUUUUUCCAAAUUGUUUCAAAGCCUGAACCUGCCGAUUCCAAAGCCAUGUGAAUUGCCUGCAGUAGAGUUGAAGGGAUUUAGUGGGGAUAAGAGGGGGAUGGAGGCAACCUUAGAUAUGGGGAAAGGCACCAUCACCAGCAAAAAGCACAACAUGGUGAAUUUCCCGCUGAAACGGGCUUCCAAUGGUCAUUUCCUCCUGCCGUUUUGUGAGAUCCCGUCCGAGUUUCAGCCUGAUGUUUCAAAGCGAUCUGCCGAUGUGAGUUUAGCUGAUACUGGAGAUAUGCCCAGUGACCUAUCCGAGCCGAUGUCAUCAUCCGAUGACGACAGCAGAGAAGCCGGCCGUGCUGACACCAAUGAGCCCAAUGACGCAGCCCCUGCAGCCGCUGAGCAGAGGCACGAACCGACUGAGGUAAUGAGAGAUCCAGAGUUGCCCAGACGAACAUCGCCUUGUUCGUGCACAUUCCCAUUGAACGACCGCCAGUGCCAGUGCCAGCUGAGACAGCUAGUCACUGCCAGUGCUGCUGUGAACAAUAGAUUCAAUCUUGCAAAGGGUGGACCCAGUGAAACCACAGUGUUGCAGCAGCGCAAAAUUGCCAAAAGGCACCUGAGUGCCGUUUCUGAAGCGUGGCAGUUACAGCGUUUGUUUGGUGGUCACUGUCAUGCGGAGAACCCAUUGACUUCUGAAGCAUGGUCACAGUUGCAAUUGCUUGAUUUCCAUGAAGUCCGCAUUGACAUGUGCAGCCUUGGCAUGCGAUGUCCGAAGACAAACGUCCCUGUGCUUAAGCCCACAAAGAUCGUCACCACGAUGCCAGAACUUGCAGAACGACUGCUGAAGUGCCGUUGUGAUCAUUUGCACCAACAUGCCCAUCUUGAAGGUGCGUACAAAGGUCGCAAUUUGUCCUCUUGGUGUGAAGUUUAUCCAGGUAAGUUCUGCCGAGUCGUCUCUGAAGUUCUGAGCAACUGCCGUGCCAAGUCACCGAGACUUGAAGAUGUUUUGUUUGACGAAUCCGAUGCACUUGAACCAGCUGAUCCGGAACAACCCGUUCCUAACUCAGAGGGCGCAGUUGCAGCCGCAGCACAGCCUGAGCAAAGACCUGAAAAGAUCAAAGCAAUAAUCCAAAAGUUGCAUACAAACACCGGUCAUGCAUCCGUUGAACAAAUGCUCAGACUUGCCAAGCGUUGCCAAUCGUCCCAAGAAGUUCAAGAUGCCAUCCGAAAGUUCCGUUGCCCUGUGUGCGAGGAGUUGAAAGUACCACCAUCUCGAAGGCAAGCUGCAAUGUGCAGCCCAGAGGGACUUCGACCAGUGCCAGAGGACGAAGCUGAAUUCCGCAGCCUUGCCCGUUCUUUGUCGGAAGGACGUCUGCAUCCCGAGCUGGAGCAAGCUGAACAAAAUGUUUCCUCCAAAUCAGGUCAGUUUGAAGAUCUUUCAGAAGAACACAAACCCAUAGAAGAAGAUCAUGAACUUGAGGAUGAUUUGUGGGAAGAGCCGAAUGUAGAAGACUCACAGCUUGAACAAGGUCCCAAAAAGAUCAGACCCAGCCUUGAUGAUGCAGAGAUCGGUCAAGAUGCGCAAUCUGGUGUACAGUCAGAAGCUUUGCCUGAAACUCCUGAAUCACAACCUCCGAUCACUUCCGAAGAUGAAACCGCAGUCAAUGAUCCACUGCCACCUGCAGAACCCGAACCUAGAGAUGUACAGCCUCAUGAAGUUCCGGUGCCAAUGGAUGAUGGUGAUGAACUGAUUGUAGAACAUGAAGAAAAUAAUCCGGUUCCUGGUAAGCAUGAUGUCAUGGAAGUAUCUAUAGAAGUCCGCCCAGAGGACAUCACUGAACAACAGUUGUGCUUGUGGGAAGUGAUUGAAGAUUGCUUCGUCGUGCAGCAGCCAGCGAAACAACGCCGGGUAGAGGUCAGCUUCCGGAAAUUGAGUGAGGAGGAUAAGAAAAGGUUUGAGGUUGCAAUGAAAAAGGACCUGUUUCGCUUGGAGAAAGCAGCCUACGGGCUAGCAGAAGCCCCACGGGCCUGGUGUGCUGGACAGCUGGCAUGGGCCGCAGGUUCAACACGUCCUGACAAAGCAUUCUUAGCCUCUUAUUUGCAAGGUAUCCAGGAUAAAGGUGGUUACCUCUUGGGACUCACCAAUACCUUGAUGAGAGAUCGGAAAACCGCACCGAUGUGGUUGGUGGAUUGGGCAAGCAAAAAGUUGCAGCGUGUGGUCCGUUUCUAUGAUGCUUCCAGUAAACUGAGCAGUGCAUCCACCAGUCAAGAGAAAAAGUUAGAACUAGAAUAUGCCAUUGCCAGAAUGCCUCGCAAGAUCUCCAAGAAAGCCGCAGAGACGCCAAAGUUGAAUGAGGUUGAGAUUUCGAUGACCGUUGGUUUGCUCACUCGGGCGAUUGCCAACAACCAAGCUCGCCCCAUCUUUGAGCGUACAGCUGCCGAAGAUCCCCAGUCAUGUCAGUGGCUGAAGAACUACAUCCCAGGUUUUGAUGUGCCUGGUGGUAUGUCCGAAGCUGCCAAGCGUGUUCGGGAUGAGAUCGAGAGUUCCCAUGGUGAAAGCCCACGUUCAACUGUGUGGAGUGUGGUUGGCCGUGGUGAGAAUUCUUUGCCGAGUGGCUAUGAUGCUGUCACAACUCCUACGCCUACCGUGGUUGAGCCCAAUGUGACCACCAUCAGCCAAGUGAUCAGGGAUGUCCAUACCCGUCAGAAUGUCAAGAUUUCUCUGCCAGUGGAUUGUGUUGAUGUGGAUGAUUGGUCGAAGACCGUGAUCGUUAUGAAGAAGUAUGAGAAUCAGGGAUAUCGCUAUUCUACGUUGGUUGCCGAAGCACUGCACAACGCUGAAGCCAAAGGAUAUCUCCAAUGGUUGGUGAAGACCUAUGGCAAGGAUGUUGACACACCUUGUGAUACCCAGGCCACUGACUUUGCCAGAUUCCUCCUUCGCAUCAAAUGGCUUGAGACUGAUGGCAACAAGGGAACUGGACGCUUCCAACGUUCGCGCUAG